GAAAUGUGGGAAAUCGUUUUGACAUUAGUUUUGCUAUUGCAGCUAACUUCAUGUAUAUAUGUAAAUUUUCACUUCUGCAAGAAAAAGUAAAACACCGUAUAUGUGCGCCAAACAUUUUCAUUUUUCAGUGAUAUUUGAAGAAAAAGUUAUAAAUUUAAUUCUAAAGUGCAGUUUAAUAAUGCAAAUACGCAAUUCAUACUAUAUUUUAUAAAUAUAUUCAGACAUUUGUGAGAAAAGCGCGCUAUACUUUGUGCGUUGAAUGGGACAGUGAAGCACUAAUCUUUGACGCCAUGUUUAAUUUCUAGCCAUCAGCACUCCUAUUAAAUUAUUGAAGGGGUGAGACGAGUAGGCCGGGUGGCAAGUUGUAGUGGAAUGAUUUAAGAAAAUCUCAAGCGCAAUUUGGAAGUGUUGAAAGAAGUGAGAAAUGUAUAUAAAUGUAAUUCACAUAAAUUAAUUAGUAUAUAUUAGAUGGUUGUGUAUAUAAGUACACAAAAAUGGAAAUAUGAGCUUUCUCUAAAUAAUGGAAUUGUUUGAAACUCUAAAAAUAAAUACCAAUAUAAUUUAUGCAACAAAAGCUACGUGAGAGUAUGGCUCUCUAAACGAUUACAGUAUAAAGAGGAUCAACAAAAACAUUUACAAAAAGAGUAACGACAACAAAACCAACAAUAACUAGAAAUGUAUAUAGAUACUUGUACCCAAGUGGGAAAACCAGCGGACAGGUGAAUUUGUUUAGUAAGUUUUCAACUGAGACAACUUAACCUGGUCAAAAAAGUACUCAAACUCAAUUACGAAAAAUAUAAUGUGGAAAUGUUUAUUUUCUUUUAAAGUAAAUAACGGCGCCGCAUUUAUAGCAUCAUGUGGGAUAAGGAGGCCUCACAAUUCAAAAAACCUGAAGACACCUCCGUCGAAGGAAACACCGAAAAUGCCGCCUCACAAUACUUCAAAACAAAUAAUUUAUCAGAAAAUGUUUCAGCGAGAGCAGAUACAGUGGUGGUGGCAACAUAUGUUGUCCGAGAUAACGAUGAUUGCGCCGAAAAUAGAAAAAACGUAAAUGAUCGCCCAAAGCCUUUGGCCGCAGAACAAAGCGAUAUCGACAAUUUUCUGUCUAUUGUACGAUUAUGUGAUGGACCAUCGACAAGCUCCUUUUCACAGAAAAAAGAAUUGCCAACAUCAGCAGCUACGAUAUCAGCUGCAGCUAAGGAAAUAACUAACGCGGAGGACUCAAUAGUAUCUAUGGAUAAUGAUGAAUUGCCAUAUAAAAAUAUAAAUGCAAAUAUUGAAACUCUAUCCUCUAUGCAAUCUAAUAAUCCAGUAAUUCCAUUAAAAUAUGACAGUCCAAUAGCAAGAAAAUCGGCUCAGAAUGAACAGGUUCAAAGCGAUAAUGUGGCUGGUCCACAAAUUCAGAGUUUGUAUGACAAACAACUUACCCCACAAGCAGAAGAUGUGCAUGUGGCAACAAGGGAAUAUUCACCAGCAGUUUCUGUUGAAGAUCUCACAUCAGUGUCGGAAAUGCGUGGGGGUUCGCCCACCCCAUCAAGCAUUACAAGUGCUUCAACCCUCCGAGCCGCAAAAGGUACGAGUGGACGUCGAACGGACUGCUUGCGACAUAUGAGACGACCACCCAAAGAACCUGAAGAAUACCUAGAUGCAUUGUUUCCGCAUAUACGUAAAACUCAUAUGCAUAUUCGUCAAGCUUUAUUGCAUGCACCGCUUACAGAUGUCAAAGAUAAUGCAUUGCUAAAGAAAAAAAUGUUGGAGCUAAUUCAGAUCUACACUUGUGGUUGUAGAGAUGAAUUCGAGAGAGUGGGACCCUCGCUUGUACUCUGUCGUAGAUUGAAGAGAAAUAUUGUACGUCUUCUUGAUUUGUUUCAUGAAAUUUGUUCGUCUAGUCGUGAGGAUCGCGCCUAUUUGUACCAUAUUAGCCAACUAAUCGCAGUGUAUACUUCCCUUGAAAUAAGAUUGUCUUUUAAUUUGGCAAGACAACAGAAAUGUGCGCUAAUUCACCGCAUAUCCCACAUCAUAAAUAAACAUUUAAUGGUUAAGAAUGAGCCUUUGGCCAAAGAAAACAUACUGCGAAUGUUCCUUCACAUGCCCGAUACAUAUUCAGCACGUUUUAUAAUGGAACCGCUUUUCAACACCUAUUUGGUAGAAAUCGCCACGAGCAGUAACACAUGGUGUCAAAAAGAAAUGCCAGAUAAGUUAUUUGUGCAAUAUAUUAUAAUAUUGCAUAUAUGGAAAGAGAUGCUACGAGAUCCACUUGAACAAGUAGAACUAAUUAACCGUGCCCAACAUUUUAUGUGCCCAACCAAGACGCUACAUGCAAAUCCAAUGUAUGCUAAUCAUCUACCAACGAUACACACACGCAAGCAUGCAGUUAAAGAUAUAUUAAAUAGUUUAAAAUUUUUUCACGAUUUGAGAAAUGCCGCAAUUUGUGAUGAUACAUUGAAUGAUGGAGAAGAUGACAUUGCAGUUGUUAUAGAUGAAGUUAUAAAUACGCCUUUUUGGGAUUUUGGUGCCACCUACACAGGAGCAUCCAAACAGCCGAAGAGCUUAUACCGCAGAAUACCAGCAUCAGACCAAACUGAAUGUGUGGAUCUGACACAGGAAGAUGAUCAACAGUCAAUUUUUGAUUCGGCAGAUAAACCUUUAGAAUGGCUUACUAAGCUGAAAGAGCGUGCAGCAGAGAGAGUGCAAGUUGAUGAGUCGGAAAAAGUUAUUUGCCUAGACUCUGAUUCCGAUGGCGAAUUGUUCUCUGGCAGUAUACUAGAUCCAUCAGAAUCAUAUCAAGAUUGUGAUGCUUUCGAUACCGAUUACACAAGUCUCGAUGGUGGCACAAGUGAUGAUAAAGAGCUAUCUGAGGAUGAGGCGCUGUCAGCAAAUGGAAUUUCGCCCAAUUGUCUUAGAACUUACCUCGCGCCUAGAACUAAAAAUCAGAUAAGGUCAGAACCUUAUGAAAGAACAAGAGAUUUUGAUGGUGAGGGUGAUAGCGCAGCAGUCGGUACGAAAAAGUCGGCGAUUGCUGCUGUCUCAACGGCUGAAUCCACAGUACCGCUCAUUGUUAACUCUUUUACCGUUAGGGGUAAACAAAAUAUGCAUUUGAUAAAUUCAUCUCGGUUCAGCCUAGAUAUUGGACCAGAACGCUUCGGGAAUGAAGAUAUAGAAUUUCACGAUGCAUGCGAUGAAAUGGGUUUAAAUUUCAACGCAGCUAAAAAUCACUAUAAGCGUGCUAAUAGUGCUGUUGUUAAUGACGGUGUAGUUGGCCGUAGCGUUGGUGGCUAUUAUAGAAAAGAAGUUAAUACCGAUGAUGAAGAGGAAGAUGAUGAAUACCAAUCCUUGCCAUCAACAGCAUCGUCAUCAACAACAACACUAGGCAAAGUUAUAUUUUCACAGGCGCUACAGCGGCCUAGUCAACAAUUUUUCACGGGUUAUGAGCGUGAAAACCAUUAUAAACGUGCAGAUAGCAAAGAGAAAACUGUUACAUUUAACGAACGAAAUAAAGCAGAUAGCAAGACAGAAAUGCAUGUCCAAGACAAACCGGUGAAAAAACAAGUGAAAUUCAACGAUAAUCCCAUCGGGCCAACCCGUCGUCCUCAUACUAAAUUGCCGAUAAAACCAGCUAUACAUCUUAGUAAAAUCCAACCCAGCAGUCGACAACCUAUUUUCUCAAGUUCACCCCACCCACGUUUCUCAUCACCGUCAUCUUCAACCUCUUCCACAAGCGAAUCACUUAAGCAAAUGGCACAAAAAGGUAGGAAUUUCGUUGACAUAAUUAAAACAUGUAAAUAUACGAAAAUCUCUAAAAGUUCUUCCACAAUAAUACUUGAUUCCGAUGAUGAUGAUGAUAUUAUUGACAUUAAUGUUAGUGCAAAUAAGAACACGAAUUUAGUUUCUACUCAACCAAUUCAAAGUAAAAACACUUACGAAAAAAGUAUAUCCUUUUGUAAUAGCAAUAUGUCCAAAAUGCAAGCGUGUGAUGUUUUAAAUAGCACUACAAUAAUACUUGGGCCAAAAGAUAUUUCAUCAACCAAUAAAUCACGAAAUGAAAGUGUUGACAUUAUGCAUAUUUCUGGCGAUGAGGGUCGCGAUAAUAUUGCUAGUAUUGUUGAUAAUAAUGUAAGAGGAUUGGAAAAACAGUUAGAAAGAGAAGAGCAGAAUUCGAAUGUUUCAACAACUACAGGGCCUAAUGUAGAUUCUAGCACUGGAGAGGACGAUAAUAGCAUAGGUUUAGUUAAAGAAAAGUGUAGCGAAAAACAAACAGUUGCUAAUGUAGAGAGCACAAGUAAAGAGGAAGAUUACAGAGCACAUUCCUUGGAGUUAAUAACAGGUAGUGACAUUUGUACAAGUACGAGUACAGAGACAUUUGUGCAGAGUACCGAGUGUAGUGUACAUAACUUUAAAUCAAUCCAAUGCACAACAACACAAUCCAGUUCGAACACUGAUGUGGGGGGAGUUGUUGGAAGUGUGCAGUUGGUGGCUAAUAGCAUUGGUAACGAAAAUGUGGACACAGCCGGAAAAAAUGCUGAUAAGCUAUUGGAUGUUGAAGCAGACUUGAAUAAGUCUGUAACACAUUUAGAUGAUUUUAUCGACGAGAAUACAUUAGAAACGGUGAUUUGUGAGAAUAAAAGUAAGUUAGAAGAAAAAAACAAUUGUUUUGCUCAAACCAUGGUAUUAUCGCAAUAUCUUGUUAAUAAAGUUGAUGAAAAUGCGUACGCCACAGAGAACUCCAAAAACAAGGCUUCGAACCAAGAAGAAACAGUUUUUACUGAAACAUUGCAAAGCGUUAUUGCGACAUGCACGGAUAUUUGGGACCCAGUUAACGAGCAGAUUUUGGAAAGCAAUUUCGAUGUAGCGGAAAAGAGCUUAAGGAACACGGAAAAAAUAAACGAAGAAAAUAAUUGCACUCAUUCUAUAACAGCGGAAACAAAUACUGCAAUUAAAGAAAUCUGUAGUAAUCAGUCAAAAGAGUACGAGUUUGAAGAAACUUUGGCAGAGACUAAAGAAAGUUUAGAUAAGAAUUCGCAAGAAAGUCAAUCUCAAGAAGCAAAAGAUAAUUUGGCAGUGCAUAUAACUGAAACGAUAGAAAAUGUUGUUGAAACUGCAGAAAUACUGAAAGAUGUUGCUGAAAUAUCUGACGUUAUACCGACCACUAACAUUGCCACAACUGAAGAGUGUCUGGUACUUACAGAAGGUCAAGUUAUUGAAGAGCUGGUGAUGUUUGAGACCGGGCGUAAUACUACGGAACCAAAUGUAAUAUUACAGGAUACCUUAAGACAGGAAAGUGAGAAUAAAAUCCUGGAAGAGAGCGUCACUAGUGUUGAGGAACGUGAUGUGCAGGAAAGAGUCACUUACACAGCGGCUGAAAAUGAAAUAUCCGUUGCAACUAAUAUAUAUCACGUAGAGGAUAUGGAAAUUGACAGUGUGACAAAUGAAAUGACGGCGAUAAAUGCUGAUGCAACCGCUAUAAUUAUAGACGAAUCAACAAUCCGAGAGACACUAAUUUCAGCAAAUGUAAGCGAAAACAAUAUACCCAUAUACUGCGUUGGGAAAUCUAACUCUACAGUAAGUCCUGUAUUUGAAGAGGGCAUGGUAGGUUCAAAUGAAAAGAAUUCGGAAUUAAAAAUACCUUGUACUGAACCGGAACAGAAUAUCAGCUUCGAUAUUAAUUUAGAAAAUACAAGUAUAGGCGAGGUAGAUAAAGAAAAAGAUGAAUCAACAAUCCGAGAGACAUUAAUUUCAGCUAUUGUGAGCGAAAACAAUAUACCCACAUAUAGCGUUGAGAAAUCUAACUCUACAGUAAGUGCUGUAUUUGAGGAGCGCAUGGAAAGUUCGAAUGGAAAAAAAUCGGAAUUAAAAAUAACUUAUGCUGAAGCGGAACAGAAUACCAGCUUCAAUAUUAAUUUAGAAAAUACAAGUAUGUGCAAGGUAGAUAAAGAAAUAAAGCAAAGGGAAUGUUUAGAAAUCGCUCCAAAUAAUGCUGAUGUUAAAGUAGACAUGGUUCAAACUGAGAAAAUGGUAGUUCCUACGGAUAUAUUUAAACCUAAAAUUGCAAAGAACGAUGGGCUCGCCUGCUUGGUAGCAGCUGUCAAAUCGGUUGAAGCGCUGACCUUUACUACACAAGUAUCUGAAUAUAUAGUGCCUGUUGAAAGAGAAACCCGUGACGACAAUGAAAACACAGGUGAUGCCAAAAAUUUACUACCGCCUUAUAGGAAUUUAACUGUACUAUCAGAAACUCUUGUGACGCCAAAAACAAAUGCGAAUGUAACUGAUCAAGUUAUUGAAAGGCAUGAAAAUAGCUUAAGGAAAAAUGAUACCUGCAUACAAGUAAAUCCGAAAACAACUGAGUCAAAUAGCAUUUAUUUUAGUGGUGAUGGUCCCAAAACUAAUUUGGAGCGGCUUGCCGAAGCUGCAGUACAAAAAUAUGGCGAGCAUGUGGCUGAUCGUGAAACUUGUAUUGUGGAGCAUAUUAAGAGAAAAUCCAAGGAUCUUGCUCUUGAAACAGUUGCUGUAGAAAAUACUGAAAUCAAAUCGGUUGCCAUGUUCAAAUGUCAGACCGGUAUUAUUAAUAAUGCUGUUGGAACCGAUAGCGUCAAUACUGUUUAUGAACACCAGCAAGCUUCGCGCAAACAACUCGAAACUAUUGCUGUUACUGUUGAUAACACUCAAGUCUCGCAAACUAUCGAUUACGAUAUGCAGAUAUUUAAUUUGAGCGACAAUGUUCAGCAUAUGCAAGAUUCGGCCAAGUCUGCAACAACAUGUAACUUGAAAGUAGUUAAUAUCUCCAAAAGUUCGCCAGAAACCAAAAAAUGCGGAAAUUCCGAUAAUGUUUCGGUUUUUUCUAAGUCGCCCAAACCGGGUUCGACUUUCCUUUCACAUUUUGAAAGCUUCAUUAGCACACUAAAAGAUACAAAAGAGACCAAAUACGAAGUAAAAGAGCAACGUAGAUCGCCCCGAACGUCAAAGCCAACAACAACUAAGAUUUCACCUACUAGCGAAAAUGCAAAAUCGGUCGUUAACACAAAAGCACAAAGUCAAAAUAUAGUAAAAAAUUUGCCUAAAAGCACUUCGGAUUUAGCAAUAACGAACAAAGUCAGUACCGGAGCACCGACACAACAUAACCCAAAAGAGUCUACAUCUUCGGAUAGUGAGCUUUCCAACGUUGGUGUGGGCAUUGGUGAGUCUGCGUUGAGAAAGAGAUACAGUUUGCGCAAGCCUGAGCAAUGGAAAGUGAUCAAAAAUACAAGUCUACGAGCGUCACCACCCGAAUACAUAGACACCAUAAAACCUGUCAACAAUACACGUACCAAGCGCUGUAUAAAAAUACGCUUAGCAAGAGCAAAAGUACCAACAAAAGUCGAGACAAAGGAGCCACCAGUAAGCUCGGCGCAGAACGAGUUAAAUUUAGAAACGGAGUUCGGUGAUGUGUCACAUCGGCCGAUAACAAGAAGACUUGCCGCGGCACUCAAUUCAAGUCUACAAAUGGUCACGGAGAAUGCAGUUAUUGAACCGAUUAAACCAUUUGCACGUGGUAGAAAAUCGAAACCCAAAGUGCAUGCUACGUUGGCAGAGAAAACGUCCACGAAACGUAGAAAAUGUGAAAAUAUAGUAGGCGAAAAAGUUCUUGAACCAAAAAGCCCAUUUAGUAGUAAAGAAAUAUAUGACUUGAAAGAAUUAAGAAAACAUUGUGCUUUAGAAUUGUCACCAAAGUCGCAUUCUGAACCGCCUGCUGUUGCCAAAAUAUUACAAAAUAAACAGCUUGACGGUUUUGAAAUGAUUUCAGUUGAACCCACUUGUUUUCCUGAAGAGCGUUCGGCGAAGCGUAUGAAAAUCGAAAAACGAGAGAAUGUCGCGAAAAAUAGUGGCGGUGAAACAGUGACAGCAGCGCAAAAUGCAGAAAACGACACGUUUACUUUUGAGACAGUUUUCGUAAAACCAACCCUCGUCCUCAAAACUUUAAAACCUGUAAACCUCAGUUCAACCAAAGAAAUCGCGCUACAACAGCAAACUAGUGAAGGAUCGGAAACGGUGAAAAGCAUAAAUAAGAGAUAUCCUAAGCGAAAUGUUGUUGCGUUAAAUGACAAUUCAACAGUUAAAGCUGUAGUACAAGAGGAAAAAUUUGAGGAUGAGAAAAUACAAAAGAAAGCGAAACUAAAAGUUUUGGGUAUGACAUGUGCCCCCGAAAAUAGUAUUGAAGGUAACAGCGCAGCGCUAAAGGAAGAACGCGCGUUAGCAAACGACGGCAAACUGCCGAUACCAGCGACAAUUAAAAAUAGUAAUGAAACUAGUGGCGAGGUUUUAAGCCAAGAAUUAUGUUUAACGCAAAAUAAAGACGUAGAGGCUGAGCCCGAGGAAACUAUAAACAAAAGUUGCCCGGAAACUUCUGUUUAUAUUAGAGAAUCAGAACUAAAAACACCGGCUGACAUAACAGCCCGUGGUGGAAGUCUUAGAACAAGCGAAUCUAAGGCUACAAUUGAUUCAGAAAAGGUAAAUUUAGAAAGAACAGACGAAAUAAGCGUACCCGUUUUAGAACAAAUGAAAAAUAAAGAUAAUAUUGAAACUGAGGUUUUUACUAGAGAUUCAGUUUCCAACACGCAAGAGGUUGUAAAACACUUCAAUGGCAGUUCUUCAACAUGUGAUACAAAAGAAACAAGCGCAUUGGUUUUAGGUGAAGACAUGAGAAAUUUGAUGAAAACUAGUGACUUAGAGAAAACUUUAACAACGGAUAAAACUACUGUUUUAGAUGAAGAUGUAAACAAAAUUUGCACUGAAAUAAGAACUUAUAUUGAGGAUCCUGUUUUAAAUACACCGGACUGUGUAACACUCCUCGAUGAAAGUGCUUUCAGAACCGAUUCUCGAGAUACAAGUGUAUUGGACUUAAAUGAAGGCAAACCUAUUAAAACAAUUGAUUCGGAGAACUCUUUAAAAACAGAAACUGAUGCGGAUAAAAGCGCACCGAUUUUAGAAAAGGUCAUAAUUGAAGGUAAUGCUGAAAGAAAGACUUUUAUUGGCGACCAAACUGAGCAGCAUGUAACACAGGUUGGUGAAAACUCUUCAACAGCUGAUUUUAAGGAAACCAGAACGUUGCUUUCCAUUGAAGAAAUGAGCAAAGAAUUUAUGAAAACUAGUGAUUCAAAUCAAAUUGGAAAUGGUAUAGAACUGAAUACUGUACAAUCUCCAACGAAGCGAGCUAUAUUAACUAAUGAUCUUGCUACCGAGCCAAUUAUCUUCAAUGAGGACUCGGCUAUACUACCAGAAAACAAUGAAGCAGCGCCACUAGUAGAUAUAUCUAACUUCACCAGCUUAACUUUAGAUACCAAAAGUGAUGUGAAUUUUCAAGAUGUUGCUGAGUUUAUGGAAAAGGAUUCCAAUGUAAAUUUGAGUGUUUCACAAAUAACCGAUCGAAAUGAAUAUCUAAACGAAUCCGAUGCUAUCAACACUUUAAAAACCAAUAUGGAAGCUGAUAAGCUUUUAGAAGAAUAUAAUCAUUCGGUGCGUAUAAUCGCGAAUGCUAAUUUAAAAAUACCAUCGGCAAUUCACACGCCAACCGAAGUCUGCACACCACCAUGUAGUAGUGUUACAUUUAGUUUUACGGCCAGCGAUAGCUCGAGUUCAUUCGCGAACAGUUGUUCUUGUAGCACUACAGCAACGGUAAACUCAGCUACUGAUUUGUAUAAAAAUGAACCAACCAGUUUUAAAGUAAUGCAAUCGCAGGCCCAGGUAGUCGAAUUACUUUCCACUACGAGUACAAGUUUCCAAGACUUGUCGCUGUUAGAUUUAGAACAUGAUGUUAUUAUAGGCAAUGACGAUUUGCUUUCCGAAUUAAUACCAACAAGUAUGAUGGAUACAAUGGCGGCUACUAGUUUGGAGCAUAAUUAUGCAACAAAGCCUUCAGAAACGUCUAUAAGAAAUGAAUAUGAUGUACCAAACGAAGUCAGUGGUGAUACUGAAGUACUUCCUAAGACAAAUAGUGAUAUACAAUGCACAGCGCCAAGUUUGAAAGUCUCGAUACCUAUCGCCCGUAUAAAAAGAUUUGACGAGAUAAUAGGUAAUCAUUCUAAAAAUUGGUAUUUAUCCGAAAAACCGACAACCUCUAAAGCGGCUUUGGCGGCUUUAGCCAGAAGAAAUGCCAAGUUUAAAACUGAUGUGGGGCACAUAUUUAAUACGAGCAGUGUUUCAAGACAUAGACAAAUUUCCGAUUCGAAGUUUUCUGAAAGUGUAGGAAACAAGCAAAGCGUUGCUACGGCAGAUAGCUUAGUAAGUCAGCACUUAUUCGCUUGUGAGAGUUUUAGUCCUUCACCUAGUUUGCCAUUAAAGAAGAGAAGAAACAUCUCUGGCGUUUUGGAAGAAGAUUUCUGUAAUGCUGCAGUGAUUUUGUCAGAACAAAGCGAUCUUAUGACGAUGAUAUCACAGGGCAGCAAUUCAUAUGAACCAAAUAAAUUAGCAAAUAUGGCAACUGAAGCGCAUAGAAAUAAGGAAAACGAAUUUAACAACACGAAGAAUGUGGAAACACCAAUUGAACAACAGACAAUUACAGAUAUUCAAGCACGAGAUUACCAAUGUAACACAAAUUAUACAGGAGAAUAUCAAAGUGAUAAAUCUAAAAGCACAAAUGAAACAAUGCAAAGUGGAGAAACGGAUUUUGGAAACAAAAGAAGAGUGGAAGCAACAUUUAAACAACAAAUUGAAGAAAACGCACAAAAAGAGGAACAGAACGCUGUUCUUUCAAAUAAAGUAAAGGAAAUUGAAGUAAAUACUCGUACAAAUGAAGUAUUACAUGCGACUAAUGAAAAUUCAUUUAAUAACCAGACGGAUAUUGACAACAGUAAUAGGCUGGAAACAAUAGCUGAACAACAAACUAUGAGGGAAAUAGUGGAUAGUCCAUAUAAAAAAAACCACGAUCUAGUAUUUGAAUCUAAACAACAUACUAGAGAUGAUAUUGAUAAAAACCUUAUACCGGGUGUAAAUGAUGCUUCCAGAGAUCAAAAUAUAGUACAAGAUCAGCAAAAAGAAGUUACACUUCAGGUUGGAACCGAAAUUCAAACGUUUGAAAAUUUGAUAUCGGAUCAAAGUGAGUUUGUUGAGAGGACUUUACGACAAGAUCAAAACGAUCCGACUACAAAGGAUAUAUCAACAAUUGGUCAAAAAAUAGCAGAAGGGCGAGCAUUGAUGGAAGAACAAAAUGAUCAGGAUAUAAAUAAUACGUCUCAAGAAGCUGAAAAUAUGACAGAAACUGCUACAUUGCUGGUAGAGAAACCGGAUCAGGCUGUAAAUAAUAACCCACAACAAGCAAAAAACAUAACAGCUGCGAGAGCGUUGCUAGAAGAACGAAAAGAUACACCAGCAAAACCUCCAAACAUAAAAAAUGAAAGAGCGACGCUGGAAGAUCAAAAGGAUGUGGUUAAUCUUAAUGCUGUAGCGGAUGGAGCUGUGACAAAUAUACAAUUUCAAGAGACUAUCAAACAAAAAAAUAAUACUGAAGCACUCACAAAGGAACAGCAAAUGGGGGAACAAAUCAUGGCCACUAUUCAAGAACAACUGGAUGGCAUUGAAGUGCCACCUGCGCAACAUAUUCUAGUGCCUGAUCAUCAAGGCCUUACACUGAAUGAAGACCACCAUAAAGAACACACUACGAAUGUAACUGCAACAGAUUUAUCAGCUGGUCCUAAAAGCAUUACCACUUCGGAAAUUAAGGAAAAAGUUAUAAAGGACUUAAUGAGUUUUCAACACAGCAAUGAUAAUUUUAAUGAUCAUGCAAAUGAAGCUAUGCUAUCAAAUUAUGACGAUCAAUUUCUGGUUACGGUUUGUUUAAACGAUGCUGACACUGUCAGUGAUUUUGAGCCAAGUGGCACCCUGUUUACAACAAAAGAAUAUGCAGAAAAUGAUUUUGAUAUAGGCAACGAUGUUAUAAUCAGUACACAGGAAAUUAAACAAGAAUCCAAAGAGUUCAUAAAUGAUUUUAGUUCACCGAAGAGUCCAAUAAAUUUAACUAAGCCCUCGCCUAUAUCCAACAGUGCCUACGACUUUAAUACCUCCCUCUUAAAUCAAAAUGAAUUUGUGGAAUUUACCAGCGAUCCACCACAUUCUGUAGCGCCAACAAACUCAAGUAACUACCAGUUGUUUUCAGCAACAAUACCAAAUAAUGGGCUUGUGGCUACCGAUUUGAACGUUAAUAACAUGCCGACAUUUACAAAUUGUGAACUUAACAUAAACCAAGCAGAGCCAAGUGAUAGAAAAAGCAUUAUAGAUCUGGCGCAAAUAGACGAGCUUAAUUUUGCCGAACAGGAUUCCAUUCAUGCAACACAUUUACAAGGCGCUGGCGAACAAAUGAAUCAACUAGAAUACGACAACUUUACGCAGCCACAAAUACACACUACAACAGCAGAUAGUGGCAUGACUUCGCCACUUAAAAUAAGCUCAAAUAUUGCUACAACAAAACCAACACAAACUGCUGAAAAUGCGCAUGAGACGCAUGCAACGAUCUUACCAACAAUCAAAAUAUGCUCAACAAACAAAUCCAAACAAUCCUUGGAAAAUAACGAAAUAAUAGCAAUGCCCACAAUCACACAGUCACAGCAGCUGACAAAGCCAGCAACUUUAUCACCAAUUUUACCAUUAAUUAAACAGCCUACAACAACUAUUGAGACAAUAUAUGAUAAGCCCAAUGCAAUAUUCAGUUUUCCAGACAUCGAACCUGCCAGCGCUGCAACAACUUUAGCACAGCACAGUGCACACAACUUUCCAACAACUACAACAGCUAGUACAACUGAUAAUUGUGCAACAACAACGUCUACAAAUGAUGAAAAAUCAUUAACAACCUGUCCAAGUCUCGGCUCACUGACACAAACGCAAACAACGCACAGCAACAUAGCACGCGUACGUGCGCCUGCACGUGUGCAAAUUGUUACGCCACAACGUAAGCGCCGUGAAAUGGCGCCAAAAACAAGCGAAGAACCGAAAACGCCGAACAUUACCUUUACGAAUACAACGACAAACUUUUGCAGCGCGGUGGAAUUUGAUAUGAAUCAAGGUGCGGCGACUAUACCAGUUUCCUAUACGACCACACCAGCACGUUACGCGAAUCUCUGCCAGUUUGAAAAGUAUUUACAAAAAUUAAUGACGCUUAUCGAUGUGCCCGCCAUAAUAGACUCUGCACGAAAUUUAUUUGUUGAUAAGCAGGCCUUAGCCGAAGCACACGCCGCCUUACUCGCACAAGCUACACAAUCCGACGAUGACGGCAAUGCAAUUUCGGAACCACUUCUAAUGAAAUACCACAAAGACGGCACCAUAUCGAUACUAAAUGACAAUGACGAAUGCAUUAUAUUGACGGCAAGCAUGUCGAAAAUGGUGAAAAGCCUAUCUUUAGCCUUAAGCAUUCUACAGGAGCAAGAGCCACCAGUGCUGGGUAUACGUGCGCGUAUACAUGGUUUGCUCAAGCAAUUAACACAACCAUCUACAACAAAGCCAAAUGCUAACAAUUCAACUAUUAUACCAACGGCGGUGGUGAAUCCCACCAAUUUGAUUGAUAGCAGUCAUAACAUCGAAAUUAAUCCAAGACAUGCUAUGGAAUAUUGUAGUGAUAUUGGUGAAGCAGUGGUCAGUCAACAGGUACCACCACCCCUUCAAGUUAUCAAUGCAAAUUUCCAAAAUUUACAGUUGUAUGCCGGCAAUUGGCAGCAUGUAGAAGAUAGCGGCUUAAUAACGAGUAUACCCAAUCCGGAAUUACAAAUCACAAAUAUAGAUGCGGUGCCAUUUGCAGCAGAUGCCGGCGCCACUAAUUAUGAGAAUGCGAUCACUUUUAAUUUUGACGAACACGCCCCUAUACUUGCCACGAAUGAAAAUACAAACGCACAACGCUUUGUAAACGCCUUUCCACCGACUUUAGAACCCGCAAGCGGAGGAAAUGCUGAGGGAGAUCAAAAUAAAAUUGUACCUUGGCCACAUGAAAAAUCGCCUGACAAAGUGACUCAGCCACUAAAUUGUACAGAUGUUGUAUAUGAACAAAAUGUUACCCAUAGUCAUGAACAUGGCACAACUGGGCGCUUAGACGUUACUAAUGACAAUUUACAUACAGUAAUAAUUGACGAAAUAGCUGCUAAUGGCAGCUACAAUAUGGGUGACACUAUAAUUGAAAGUUAUGCUAUGCCAACUUAUAAAACUCAUGCUAUCGCUACAGUUGAUAGCAAUCAAGUAGCAGCAGUGUCGCCAAAGCGUGAAAAACACAAAAAGACUAUACAACGUAGGAAUGAUAAUUAUCAGUACACGCAUACGCAACUGCACGUAAAACCCAAUGCCCAUUCCAGUACUAAAAAGAUGGCAACUAAACGUGUAGAAAAAGUGUCGAAAGCUCAGUGUGGUAAUUUACCAGCAAGUGUAGCAGUCACACCGCAGUCGCAUACACAAAACACAUCCAACAGUAAAGUAAGCCACAUGCAACCUAGUAACACCCCAUUACAUAGCCACACACCCACUAUUCAUUAUCAUCACACUCCACAAUCAGUGACUGUAGAAUGCAAACCCACCGCCACAUUGCAUUACAAACACUCAACACCGUGUCAACAACAGCAACCGCAACCCAUCGCCAGUCUGCAAGCGUCAAGUCAAGCAAAUCAGGUGCCACAACCAAUACCACACAUCAGUAUUGAUAGUGUUAGUAAUACACCAUUAUUUUCACAGCAAUAUGCACAGGCUUCAACGCUGUCCGGUAGUGUUGAUCUAUUCCACAACCAUAAUAAUAUUAGAUAUAUACUAACGACGCCACAUACACGUACGCAUUUUACACCUGCAAGUACAACACUGUCGAAUUGUGCCAUCAUUCCACUAAACACGACACCAGAAAUACCUGUGCAAUAUCCUUAUCAGCUACACACUUUGCAAGCACCACCGAAUUUUAGCGAUAACUUAAAAAUAAGUGAACUUGAGCUGCAAGCUAUAAUAAAAAAUUCUGAAGAUGCCGCGAGCAGAGCAACUACAGCUGCUGUUGUCCCCACUACAACCACAUCAACUGCAAAAUUAUUGCGCAGCUUUCGUAAUGUUCCGCGUGCAAAUGCAUUAUCAAAAACAGUUACCACGCCCUCUUACAUGCUUAAUAAUGGUGUACAAACAACUAACGAGGGUAUGUCAAUAACAAUGCAACAACAUACACCGCAGCAACCAAUACAAUUUCUAGAACCCGCAAGUACGUUAAUAAUCGGUGAUAUACAACAAAAUCAGGAAACAGAAUUCGACUGCUUGCGCCAGGAAACACCACUCCAAACUGUUUUGCAAGCGCCACAAGCGCAACAACAAUCACAAAAUCGAGUGUAUACCACAUUAACACCACUUUUACCGGUGCAAGCUAAACUCCAGUACAACGAUGAACGGGAACAAGCUUUAUUAGCACAACAACAACAACAGCGCCCACCAACACCUAGGCCAAUUUUAAAGCAUUCUCAAAUCAAAGCGCAAACAUCGCCAAAGACACCAGCCUCCAAUCCCACAGUUAAUCGUAAACGUGGACGCCCGCGAAAGAAUAAUUUAGGUGAGGAGCUGCAGCCGCCGCGUAAUGCUUGCGAAUCAACGCAAAAGCAUGCUAAAUUAAGCGAGUGUCCGAAAAUACGAGCAAAUGCAGCGGCAAGCCCAAAUGCGAGCGCUCGUAAUAAAUUGCAAGCAAACAAAUCAACAAAUGCAAAAGUUAGACAAAUAUUACCAGCAACUCACCACACGUUAACUAAUGAAUCGCAUAAUUUAGCAACGCCACAACCAACACCAUUACCUCUUACAAAGUUAUCGUCUAGUUGUACGCCACAUGAACUAAGACCCUCAAUUACUAGCUCUGAGAAUUUCAUCGAACAUAUGGCUAAUGCCAUUGAUUCUAAUAGUUCGAAAAGUGCCAGGCCAACAGCUAAAGUUGGUCAACAGCAACAACAACACUUGUCACAAUUUCAUAUGCCUGACUUACAAUCAACCCACGACAGUCAGGACAAUGUAUGAUAUACUAGUUUGCACGAAGAAGUAUUUAAUAAUACUUUUCGUUUUGUCGAUAUAUGAAAAACUCGUUUAACCGUUCUGACAUUGAGUUUUCUCACCACAGCCCUUCCUUUAGCUCAGCUUAUAUUUCUUUAAUUAAAGAGAAAUCUGCAAUGUGAAUUUUUUCCAUUAAUGGAAUAUUUAAUUUUAGCCUUCUAUAAACUGUAGCUGUAACCGCUGCAAAUUUCAAUAUAAGCUAACAACAAAUAGUUUGCCAUUUAUUUAUUAAUUUUGUUUUCUUUAGAAGGCAUGCUCAUUAAUCCGUCAGUGCUGCUCUAAGUUUUUAUUUAACAUUAAGGAUAUUUUAUAUGUACUUUUUGCAUAAAUAUUUUUACCUCGUAGUGUACGCGAUUUUUUCGUAGGAUAUGAAGCCCUAAAUUACAUGACAUAUUUAAGAAUUGCGCAUUGAAACUGAAAAAGUCUUUCUGGCAAUAAAUUCCAUUUAAUGUAAUUAUAUUUGUUUAGAUAAUUUGUUUUUUUUUUUUAUU